GAAAAUAUUAAUGGUACCAGCAAACCAUCGAUUAGGGUUUUAUUUUCAGCCCCUUUCAAUUCUCUUUCUUCUUAAACCCACCGUAGUUAACUCUCGACAGUCGACUCUUCAUAUCACUUCAAGCAUCAAAGGGCAGCAGUAGAUUCACCGCUUUUUAUCCAAAAGCUGCUGCGGUUCCAUCUGUUCAGUCAGAGCUUUGCCCUUUCAGAUCUCUCCAGUCGGUUGCGACCAGGAACCAGAAAUUCGGCCGGGUUGGGGACCAAUUUUUAGGGAGAAAGGGAAGUUGGUGACGGAGGAUAAAGGAUGCACAAAGAAGCAGAUAGGAUUGAUUUUCUUAGUGGAAAACCAGCCUCAAAGUCGAUAUUCGACAAUUUGGUAAAGCUACUGGAAAUUCUCAGUCAUGUCCUGGUGCACUAUUGAAUCUGAUCCUGGUGUGUUUACUGAACUUAUACAGCAGAUGCAAGUAAAAGGUGUCCAGGUUGAGGAAUUGUAUUCAUUGGACCACGAAUCCUUAAACAAUCUCCAGCCAGUGUUUGGAUUGAUUUUUCUUUUUAAGUGGCGUCCGGGGGAGAAAGAUGACCGUCUUGUAAUUAAGGAUCCUAAUCCAAACUUAUUUUUUGCAAGCCAGGUUAUUAACAAUGCAUGUGCAACACAAGCCAUCCUCUCCAUUCUUAUGAAUUGUCCAGACAUUGACAUCGGCCCUGAACUUUCCAUAUUGAAAGAAUUCACUAAGAAUUUCCCUCCAGAGCUCAAGGGGUUGGCAAUUAACAAUAGUGAAGCCAUACGUACAGCUCACAACAGUUUUGCCAGACCUGAGCCAUUUGUGCCAGAGGAACAGAGAGUUACUGGGAAGGAUGAUGAUGUGUACCAUUUUAUAAGCUAUUUGCCUUUUGAAGGAGUCUUGUAUGAGCUUGAUGGAUUGAAAGAAGGACCGAUUAGCCUCGGGCCAUGCUCUGGUGGGCAAGAUGAUCUAGAUUGGUUGCGAAUGGUGCAACCAGUGAUCCAGGAACGUAUUGAAAGGUAUUCUAGAAGCGAGAUAAGAUUCAAUCUCUUGGCAGUUAUAAAGAAUAGGAAGGAGAUUUACACUGCUGAGCUGAAGGAACUUCAGAGGAAAAGGGAACGCAUUUUGCAGGAGCUUAAUGCUGCACGAUCAGAGAGGAUGGACGGUGCAAAUAUUGAAUCACUCAACAGAAUGCUGCAAGAAAUAAAUUCUGGCAUUGAGAGUGCUACUGAGAAGAUAUUGAUUGAGGAAGAGAAAUUCAAGAAGUGGAGAACAGAAAAUACCCGGAGAAAACACAACUAUAUACCCUUUUUGUUCAACUUCCUCAAGAUCCUAGCUGAAAAGAAGCAGUUGAAACCCCUUAUUGAGAAGGCGAAGCAGAAGACAGUGCAGCCCAAAUGAGUUGUCAUGUUUUAGCUUUACUGUGUGGGACUUCGUUGUACGAGCAGAGAAGCCAAAGCAAGAAGUUCUGCAUUAUUUUGUCGUUUCUUUCUCUGCCCAGUGUAACUGAGACGUUGGAAGUAGGACGGUCUAUAUUCGCCCAGUGUGACUGAGACGUUGACAGUCUUGAGAACAAUCUUUUUCUUAUUCUAUUUGUAGCAGUAUUGAGAACCAUCUUUUCCUUGUGUAAUGGUAUAUAGCCAGAGCUUGAUACCAA